AUGGGGGGUGGGGGUCUUCAUGCACGGAUUGGGAAGCCAGACCUCUAUGGAGGGAAGGGAAGGCGAGGGGAGGGCAGAGCCAGGUGGAACACGUGCACCUGUGCCAAGGAGGGCGGGUGGGCAGAGUGGAAGGAGAGGCAAGGGAGAUACAGCGUACGUGAUAUAGGGGAAUGGUGAAAAGAGUUCAAGGGAUACUUCCUCAGAUACAAGGUCUGGCUUGCGAAAUUGUGCUUUAAUAUGUGUGUUUGUCUUUAUUGCGGAGUUCUUUGUUGUGAAGGUGGGGGGCAAGCAGGGGAGGCCUGUCUUUCAAAGUGAAGUGUAGGGGAAGCACGUUCAGUGCUCAAGGGUGAAGGCAGAAGAGUGUGAACUGCUUUCAAGCAUGCCAGUAGAGAACUGGGGUGUCUGCCUUUCUCAAUACUGUAAAAACAAUAGGUGUGGGGGAAGGGAGGAAUCCACCUAUUCUCAAUGGAGUGAGCUGUCAGUAAGGAGGCCUUGUAAUGGGGAAACUGAAGUGAGAGGUGAAAGGUGUAAGUCUUAAAGCACAAUGAACAAAUUUUCUGUAACCUUUCUAUUUAUACUUUUUUAAGCCUGAGUUUCCAGAGAUUUGAAAGGACCCUCUUUUACAGGACUUGAUACAUGCUGAAGCAAGCCUGACUGGAUGCAGUACUAGGGCUGGAAGCCCAUCUGGGGCUGCCUGUUGGUUUUAGAUCUGGAAGGGUUGCUUGCAGAUCAGUUGACUGGCUAUUUCUUCUAAGACCAGUGUGCCCCAGGAAUUAAGCGUCAAAGUUGCAAGUGGAACACAUGAAAACUAAGGGACUAAGGCUUGCACUCACUUUGUCUCCCAGUACCUCAUGCAUCUAGCACCAGGAACCACUGUAAGAACUCGCAGCACUUCCAAGCGGCCUGGAUAGCCUGGGAGACUUCUUUCACGAUGGCAGAAUCCGCCGAAGAGACACUGCUCUAUGUGGAACAUCGCUAUGUCUGCUCGGAGUGCAGCCAGCAGUUCAGCACCUUGGAGGAAGCCCUGGUGCACCAGCAGAGCCACAUGUGCUCCCAGGAGCAGCAGUAUGAAGUCGUCGGGCUGGCGGAAGCCGGGCUGGUGGCAGCUGGGGAGACUGGUCUCUACCAGACCGUGACUGUGCAGGAGAGCCAGUACCAGUGUUUGGAGUGUGGGCAGAUCCUCAUGUCCCCAAGCCAGUUGCUGGAACACCAGGAGAUGCACCUUAAGCUGGUGACCCAGGAGCCGGAGCCCUUGGUGAAGCCGCUGAGCUCCAGUCAAAUUCACUACGAGUGCACAGAGUGCAAGGCGCUGUUCACCAGCCAGGACGUGUGGCUCGCCCAUCGUCAGACCCACCGCAAGCCGCCGGAGCCACCCGCUCCUCCCCCGCAGAGUCGGGCGCUGGUGAAUCUGGAGCAUUCCUACCGGAAGCCAGUGGAUGGGGCAGAUCCCAGCGGAACGGUGCAGUUGCUGCUCUACGAGUGCGGGGAGUGCCUCCAGUUGUUUCAGUCGACCACAGACUUCCUGGAGCACCAGGCCACACACCAGGUGGUGCAGCCCCCGCCAGCGACCCGAGCCAGGGAGAUGCCUGCCCCGUGCCCCGCAGAGCCAAAGGAGCUGGCGCUGCCCAGCUUAGUGGCCGUCCAUAAUGGCGCCGUGCCCCCACCGGCCCCCACCAGCGUGACGGCCACGGACCACAGCUACGAACUGAAGAACAACCCGGUGGAGCAAGCGCCCCGCAAGGCCAAGCCAGCCACCAAGGAGCACGUCUGCACGGAGUGUGAGCAGGUUUUCCCGUCGGCCCACAAGCUGCAGCUGCACAUGCGGAGCCACCGGCAGGGGGCUUUCAAGUGCCCCCUGUGCAGCAAGGUGCUGCCUUCGCCGGCUAUGCUGGAGAAGCAUCGGGAGGAGCACAGCGGGGAGUCCCGCUUCCUGUGCGUGGACUGCGGGCUUGGCUUCGGCACCGAGGCGGUGCUCCUGUCCCACCGCCGCACGCACUCCUCGAACCCCUUGUACCGCUGCACUUGCGGGAAGACCUUCAUCAACAUGACCAAGUUCCUCUACCAUCGGCGCUCCCACAGCGCCAAUUCGGCCCAGGCCCACGACCUGCCCGCGUCUCCUCCCGAGGACCAGCCUCUGGAGGAGGAGCCCCCCGAAGCGCCGGAGCAGCCGGAGGAGCAGCAGGAAGUGGUGCCCCUGGCCAUCAUCUGCUCCGUGGACAACGCGGCCAUCUCGGUGGACGGCGGCCCCCAGGAGCAAGCCCCCGAUGAGUUCCAGUGCCAGAUGUGCAACAAGACCUUUCCCAAGCAGACGCAGCUGUCCCGCCACCAGCGCUUCGCUCACAAGAUGGAGCGCCGCCACAAAUGCCUGACGUGCGGCAAGAUGUUCAAGAAGAAGUCCCACAUGCGCAACCACCUCUUGACCCACACUGGGGAGAGGCCCUACCACUGCAAGGAGUGCGGCAAGAGCUUCAACUCGCCAGCCAACCUGCAGCGCCACCGCCUGACGCACACCGGCGAGCGCCCCUACCGCUGCGACAUCUGCCAGAAGUGCUUCACGCAGUCUUCCACCCUGCAGCAGCACCUCCUGGUGCACAGCCGCCACUAUCCGUACAAAUGCCUGGAAUGCGGCAGCGUCUUCCACCGGCCUUACCGCCUGCUCAUGCACCGCUACCACCACACCGGGGAGUACCCCUACAAGUGCCAGACCUGCGGGCGCUCCUUCUUGCUUCGCCGCCUGCUGGAGGUCCACCAGCUGAGCCACACCGGGCAGCAGCCCCACCGCUGCACCACUGGCUGCGGCGCAGCCUUCGUCACAGCCGAGCAGCUGAAGGAGCACAAGUGCGGGAAGAUGAGCCGCCACUUCGAGUGCUCCGUCUGUGGCAAGAAGGUGGGCUCCACCGUGCAGCUUCGAGCCCACGAGCAGCUGCACGGGGACAUCCAGGUUCCUGAAGGGGUGGAGGAGGAGCCCCCCGUGCUCGAGCCGCCCCCGCCCCGGCCGCGCCGCCCCACCUGCCCCAAGACCUUUGAGUGCAACGACUGCAAGAAACUGUUCAGCACGGAGACGUCGCUGCAGGUCCACCGCCGCAUCCACACUGGGGAGCGCCCCUAUCCGUGCCCGGAUUGCGGGAAGGCCUUCCGGCAGUCCACCCACCUCAAGGAUCACCGGCGCCUCCACACUGGGGAGAAGCCUUUUAAGUGUGACGAGUGUGGGAAAGCGUUCACGAUUGCAGUGCGGCUGGCCGAGCACAAGCGGAUCCACACGGGGGAGCGCCCGUACCACUGCGAUGCCUGUGGCAAGGCGUACCGGUCCUUCUCCAACCUCUGGAAGCAUCGCAAAAUGCACCAGCAGCAGCGCCUGCAGCACGAGCAAGAGGUCAUGGCAGAGGCUGUGGCUGCGGCUGCAGCGGCGGCAGCGGCAGCGGCGGCAGCUACGUCUUCAGCUUCCGCAGCGUCUAGUGAGCAGGUCUAUGGCAACACCGUGACCAUUAUGGAGACGAUCCCAGUGGUGGAGACCAUUGAAAUCUAUCCAACCGAUGGGGGUGUUCACUUCGAGAACAUCCAGGUGGAGAAUGUUCAGAUUGGGGAAGUUUGAGUCGGGCUGGGGGGAGUGAGGAGGGGCAGCUGGUAACGCUAUGUGGACUGGGAGCUGCUACUCUCUGGCUCCCCCUCAUGAGGCCUUGGUGUAGCUGCAGCAACUCCUGCUCCCCAGCUUUUAUCGAUAUGCUCUGGUGUCCACCUCUUGGCCAUUUCUGGAAUGUGGUUGCAUCAUUUUUUUCUUCCCCGGUUCUGCGAUGAACCGGGGGCCAUCUCCUCUGCACACACGCACACUGCUUAACCAGAGCAGCAAGGCCAACCGCUUGGGCACUCCACAAUCAUGGGCUCCUAUCCUCCAUCUUCCACGGGGUUGCCUGUAACUUUCAACUGAGCGGUAUAGAACUUGGCUCUUGCCAUGCGGGCAGCCCCACAAUCCCAGGAUUGCCCAAUAGCAGCCAUCUCAGCGGCUAAGCACCCUUUAAUGCUAAAUGGUUUUUUGUUUCCCUUCCCUUCCCUGCUAGGGUUCAGCCUGGAUUGUAAAUACCUCUUGACUGGGUUUCUGCGCUUCACUGUGGGAUUCUCCUCCUGUUCGCUGUUGCUCUCCAUCACUCAGAUACUAUCCCCUGUGACACAUAACAUCUUUUUCUUUGGUUUCUUGCUAACUGGAUUCAUCCCAAUGGCUGUGGGAGCAUUUUGUUAUUUCGUAUUAAAAUUAAACAGAAAUCAGAGUGCUCAAGA